UAUACCUGACUGAUGUCAUCGUUGUUAAGUAUGACCUAUAUAUGUCUUCCCGUCCAUAUGCGAGUCCAUUAUUUACCUCCGUUGGGCUGACAGCAGACACUACUUUGGUGCAGGCUGAAUUUUCUGCGGAACUGCCAUGGCCGCCAUGGCUGUUGGAGAGGUCGUCUCGACAACUGAACAGUACAGAGCGCUCCAGGACAAGUUAGAGGAACUAACAACAUGUCCAAUAUGUAGGGAGCGUUACAAACAGCCUAAGAUCCUCAGCUGCCAUCACACUUUCUGCUGUCAGUGUCUACAAAGUUAUUUUAUGCAGACUCCCGGGGACAGCUCACCGUGUCCACUUUGUCGGUCUUUAUUUUAUCCGCCUGAAGGACACGUUUCAAAUUUGCCAACAAGCACGUUCAUGCAAGAUGUCGUAAUGAUGAUUGAUCGAAAAAGUCCGAUAACAAAGAAAGAUUGUAUGGUUUGUAAAAACAGCAACAACGAUGCAGGAUUCAUGUGCGUAGAAUGUGACCUGCAAAUGUGUGAUUCGUGUAGGAACAUCCACGAGAUGUUCCGAACGGAUUCUCACAACCUUUUACGAUUGGAUGAAAUACAUGACGCCCCUAUAAUAUCCGUCAUUGCCGGAAAGAAAACCAGCCGGACGUGUGACGACCACAAAGGCCAGAUUCUGGAACACCUCUGUUUGUCAUGUAACGUACCGAUGUGUUCCGAAUGUAAAACUACCAGCCAUUAUCAACAUCGGGCACAGAACAUAAACCACGCGGCAGAGGAAACUCGAAAUAUAAUCCGCAUGAUACAAAAGGGCUCUAAUCCCGAAAUUAAUCGUUUGACAGAGAAUAUAACAGAUAUCAAAUCUCUUUCGACGUCCAUGCAAAUUUCGACGGACGCGAUGAAAGACGAGGUGAGAACCAUGACCGACUCGCUAAUCAAGGCAUUACGUGAGAAAGAAAGAAAAUUGCUCCACGAUAUAGAAACAGACGCCAUGCUUAGACAAAAGGAGCUGAAAACAAUAGAAGAUGCGACGGAAUUACGUCUAACAAGCGAGCUGACGUUCUUGGACUACGUCAAGUCACUAGAAACGUUUGGCAACGUGACGCAGCUGUCAGUUGCUAAGGAAACCAUACGGAAAAGGAUGGAGGACAAUAAAGGGCAGACCAUACCGGCACUUCCGGAGUCAUGUCGGUGUAACCGGAAAUUUAGACGCUCCGACAUUUUCAGGAAUAUCCUACAUUCGGAAGACCUCGGAAGUAUAGAGACGUUACAGCGAACACCGCCCCCUAUACCACCACGUAUGAACUGCACACAAACCAGGUUCGAACCUCCCGUACCAACAAGUCCUGCUAACGGAAACCCCAUAGUGCCCCCACCACGUGAUCCAAGACCGGAAGUGACAUCAUCAGAUGAGACUUCGGUAAAACAGGUGGCAGAGAUCGACAAUGAGUACACCAACCCUAAAGAGUUUCUCUGGCGGGAAACAGACAGUGACCGCAGCAACUCCCCUCCUACGUCACCAAAGAAAUACAACCAAAAUGACACGAAGAAAUCCUCGCCUUCCAAGCGGCCACUUCCUCCACCUCCAAAUCCGCAUGCGUCUAGAUCGUCCAUGAGUUUUGCUGGAUCUGAGUAUUUGAAAGUUUGCCCGGAAACACCAAAACAGCGCCUCAGGCGGGCGAUGAGCGACUCCCAGCUACUCGACGAAGCCAGUGUUGAGUCCGAUCUGUCGUACCCCAACUUAACCAGCGGCCAUGUGUCCUUCAAUGCGAAAGUGAAGAUUUCUGGAUUGGCAAUAACCAGGAAAGAUGACGUAAUAGUAGUGAGCAACAACAGUAAGAAAUGCCUGGUGUUCAACCAGUUGGGUAAUCUGAAGAAUGAAAUAUCAGACGGAUUGGUCAAUCCCUGGGACGUCGCGGUCAGUGUAAUCAACGAUGACCUAAAGGACGUCGUCUACCUCACCGACACAGGUGUGAAGUCAGGGGAGGGAAAUGUUAAGGAAUAUAGACUGGACGGGACCUUCGUUCGGACACUGGUCAGCAAACUACGGAAACCCCACGGUAUCACCACCUCCGCGGACGGUGACGUCAUCUACGUCUGUGACGCCGAGGACAGCAGCAUCAUCGCCUUAUCGCCACAGAGAGGGAAAAAACCUCGAAAAAUCAAGCAGAACAUGUUGGGCAAAAACUUGUUUAUCUGCCCUUGGUACGUGUCAGUGACGACAGGUGGCGAAAUUAUCGUUUCAGACUUUCACGCGGGAAAACUGGUUGGUAUCGACGAGAAAUCAUACAAACUAUACAAAAAAUCAUACACAUCAUACAAACCAAAAAAGUCCAAAAAUGCCAUGGAGUUUCGUCCUGCUAUGAGUUGUGUUGACUCCGAGUCCAACAUCUUCGUCGUCGACCAGAUCAGUAAUUGUAUUUACGUGUGGGCGACGAGUCAAGAUCCCAAAAGGAUAGCCAUCCCUCCAAGCAUUGACAUCACUCGACCUGUGGCUCUAGCCUUCGACUCAUCCGGGGCCUUGUGGAUUGGUUCCCGCAAGGGGGCGCUCGUCAAAGUCCAUUUUAACUAUUGAUGAUUUUGACAUGUGAAUGUGAUGCAAUUCCAUUCUGGUGGUUUUCCUGGAGUAUUUAUAUUCAGUAACUUUGACGAGUUUUCUGAAGUGUGUUUUCUUGAGUAGUUUAAGAUAGUGUUCCUGGUGACAUUAAUGAGUUUUUUUUCGAAUAUGUUAAAGGGGUUUCCUGGAUAUUUUUGAAAGGGGGUUCUAGAGUAAAUUCAGAUUUUGUUUUCAUAUGCUCAAUCGAUUGAACUUAAAAUGGGUAUGCUCGAACAGAAAAUAAUGAAUUUUAAUGGAUUUGCUCCAGGACUUUAUUUAUUUAAAUUUAUUUCCAACAGUGCAUUAAUUCUUUUUAUGAGUUUUACCCCGGUUUUAUUUGAUGUGUACAAACACGCACCUUUUUAAUUUUGAGUUCGUUUGUUGGAUUUUCACGAGUGAUUUAUUUGGUUUUCAUUGGCAGUAUGAAUAUGUUUGCACGGGUACAAUAAUGAAGUGUUUUAAGUACUUUCAAUGUAGGUUUCAAAAUUACUUUUAAUAAAUUAUUUUUUCUCCAAUUUUUUUAUUGGUCUUAUCAAAGGUGCUGUAUCCUGAGUAUUUUUAAUUGGGGUUCGAGAGUAUUUUGAUGGAUCCAACGAUGUUUAUAAAUGUGUUUCAUUUUCAUGAGUACUUUUAACGUGUGUUUAGAGUAUUUCCCAUCAGCUAUUUCUGUCUUUGCGAGGAUAUUUUCCAAGUUUCAAGUUUUAUUUUUACACUCACGCCAAACGAGCGUAACAAGGAGUCAAAUAUUUCAUAGUAUACAUUAAUGGACAAAGAACACGCAUACAAUAUGACACAUGUUUUAAUUCAUACAAUAAUAACCCAUUUCAAUAAUUCGUUUAGCUUACUUAUUUUAGAUUUUAAGUAGCUUCAUUACCUUUUGUAUAAAUCUACUUACUUUUGUUAAAAGUACCGUGUUACAUAUUGAGAACAUUCCUUUCAUUUUGAUAUAAGUUGGGUUGAUAUAAUGAUAAUUUGGUAUAUAAAGUUGUCUAAGAGCUACAAAAGAUGCAUUAGUACAUUGGUAUAAAUAGUGGUAUUCGAUAUCCUCUACGUAGAGUCUGACUAAUAUAAUAAACCAGCUACACUUUCAGAAAUACACAAAAGUGUAACAUUGUUUUUGUAACGUUUUUACUUUUCAAAACCAAAACGCUUCCAAAAUACCUUUUCAUGUCCAUAUAAAUCGGCGCGAGGUUUGUCUAUAUAUUGUUUUGUGGAAAUAUAUCAAAGAAGUGCUUACAGUUUUAUCGACAGUAUGGUUCAAUAUAGGUACCGAACCCAAAUAAACAAAUAGUUUUUAUAUAAAUUUUACUUCAAUCUAUAUGCAUGUAUAUCAAACCAAAAACGUAUUAGCGAAAGUAUAUAUGAUUCAAUGUUUGUACUGAACCCAAACAAAUAAGUAUUUCUUAAUACAUUUUGCUUCAAUACAUAUUUAUAAACAAAAAAGUAUAAAUAACUGUAUGAUUCAAUAUAGGUACUGGACCCAAACGAUCAAAUAAGUCUUAAAUAAAUAUUACUUCAGUCUGAAUUUAAACAAAAAUUAGUAGCGACAGAAGGUUUCAUUAUAGGUACCGGAUCCAAAUAAGUGAACGUUUGUUACAUAUCCGUAAAUCAAUAAACAUGGAAAAGGACGUUUUUAAGUUGUAAUAACUUGUGUCCAAUUCCUUUUAAUUAUUCAAAUAAUAUAUGUUAAUUAAACUAGACUAAGAGAUAUAAAAGCCAGAUAAAAUAAUUUGUCGUUUUUUUAAGCAAUCAUCCCCGUUACUAUAACAGAGGAUAUCAUUGUCUCCGCUAGGAGUCGAACCCAGAACCUCAGGUUUACAAGUCCUACGCUCUACCUUAUGAGCCUCCUCGAUACUCCAGGGUUAGCGCUUACUUUCGCUCCCUGCACCCCUGUGAUUAUCGUGGAUGUCUAAUGAGCUAAAGAUAAAUUCUCCCUAGCCGAAGCGAUUAGUAUUUAACCAGUCUGACAUACUCCCCAUCCAGGAAAACAAUCAUCCCGAGUUUUCCAGGAUUCGUCGAGUAUUGUUGUCAAUAUUCCAACAGAGGUCAAUAUUUGUGAUAUCCCUCCGCUAGGGAUUGAAGCCGGAAUCUCUGGUUUACGAAUCCCCCGCUCUACCGAAUGAGCUAAAGAGAGAAGUUCUCCCUAGCCGAGUGGGUAGGAAGCGGCUAGUAGGCCUAAUUUCACCAGGAUGACAUUCUCCCCCUCUGGGAAAAUAUUCGCCCCGGAUUUUCCAUGAUUCAUAGCGAUUAUCGUUGGGUAUUUUUGUCAAUAUUCCCGGGUCCUGAUGUUGGCGCUAAUGUAACAGAGGUCAUUAUUUUUUUCAAUACCUGCGCUAGGGAUCGAACUCGGCAUAAUUUAUACAAGUUUUGUAUCAAACUGUAUACAUGAUAUUUACUUAUAGAAAAUCAUUUUUAUUAUAUAUAUAUUUAUAUAUUUGUUUUUGUGUGUAUUAUAAGUAUAUAUGCAUGUGUGCUAUAGAGUGUGAGUCAUAUUGUUAACAAUAGAUUCUUAUCAAUAUUUUAUAAUAAUCAAAAUAUUUUUUUAUCUUUGUAACAGAGAAAUAUUUGUUUAUGUAAUUACUGUAACACCUUUGUUUAUUAUUUACCUGUACAUUAUCACCUGUUUACUGUUUACCUGAACAUUAUCACCUGUUUACUAUUUACCUGUAUAGCAUCACCUGUUUUCUAUUUACCUGUAUAUUAUUACCUGUAACAAUAUCAUUAAAUAAUAUUUACAAUUUAACAAAAGCGAACAACAACAAUAAAAACAAUCAUUAUCGAUCUAAUGUAAUUGCUAAUUAGCUUUAUAAAUUUCUGAUCGGGACUCAAUAGGACCAGAUAGCGAAUAUCAAAAUUUUUGUUGGGUUGGAUAUUUUAAAGAUUUUUCACAGGUGUCAAAUUAUUAAAAUAUUCACCAUCACCUGAAAAUAGCGGUUGUUCAUCAAAGGUUUUACGGUAAAAAUAAAAGUUGAUAUUUUUCUAACUUGACAAUUUUUUUAAUUUUUUUCACGCUUAACUUACCAAUCAGUUUUUCAUCAAGAAACAAAGAACAUUUUCAGCAUCGAAAAAAUACAUUUAAAUAUAAAUAUACUAUAAAUGUGGAUUUUUUUGCGUGGGAAAAUAGUAGCGUGGUGUCACUUUUAACUAAUCCUUAUAUUGCGUCUUGUAGUAUGUUUAAUGCACAAAAAUUGGAAAUGAAAUGAAAUUUGAACUAAACUAUC